CUCUGAUGGACUGAAGAGUCCACACUGCACACUGGAAAUGCUCAGGUUGAGUGGCUGUAACCUGUCAGAGAGAAGCUGUGAAGCUCUGUCCUCAGUUCUCAGCUCCCAGUCCUCUAGUCUGAGAGAGUUGGACCUGAGUAAUAACAACCUGCUGGAUUCAGGAGGGAAGCUGAUCUGUGUUGGACUGAGGAGUCCACACUGCACACUGGAGACUCUCAGUAUGUCAGGCUGUCUGAUCACAGAGGAAGGCUGUUCUUCUCUGGUCUCAGCUCUGAGCUCCAACCCCUCCCAUCUGAGAGAGCUGGACCUGAGCUACAAUAAUCCAGGAGACUCAGGAGUGAAGCUACUGUCAGAGGGACUGAAGGAUCCUCUCUGGAGACUGGACACUCUCAGGUACAAACACUGAUGAACAAAAAGGAGAUACUUGUGUAGGAAGUUUUAAAGGAGAACAUCUCUAAAAGAACUAACAUGAUAACUCCCUUUUGUUAAUAAUUGAUGUAAUUUGGACACAUCUCUGUAUGUUAAAGGCACUGUCCUUUGUUUUAAGAAACAUCCUGUUUUUCCCUCUUUCCCGGGGUCAAGUCAGGUUCAACUCGACAGAGUUCUCUACGCUGUGAGAAGAGUGUGUGGAUGAAGCAUUAAUCUACUCUUUCAGCAGACUAGUUAGCUAGAGGUUUACAAUGUCAGCUGCCGGUGCUGCAUGGCUCAUGUGAUCGAUCAGAGACAUACACUGACGUCUGGACCAAUUAUUGUACAAAGUUCCUCUUGUGCUCGGAGAGUACCAACUUUAAGUUCAAAUUUUAUAGCUAUUACUGCUUGCUUUAGUUGUUAAAGAUUAGAGCAGUGUCAGUGGCUGCUGCAUCUUUGUGUGUUUAUGGUGACGUGUGUGUUAAGCCCCCGCUGCUUGGCUGGUAUUUGUGGGGAGGCCUGUUGAUCACUGAUUGUGUAAUUUGUGUUUUUGAUUGCUUUGUGGUCACCGUAUGAGUAAAUAUGACCGGUUGUUGUGGGUUUGUUUUGGUUUCUUUGGUAAUUCAAUUUAUUUUGACUACAUGUGAUGCAGCAUCCUGUCAUACUGUGUGAAAGUGAUGCUUCAGUCAGCGUGUGUUCAUGUCUCUGCAGUAGUGUAUUAGGUGUCUCUAGGUGUUAAAUCAUGGUUUUCCACACGGUAAUGUUCUAGUGGCAUGGUGAGGUUAUUCAAAGGUGAUUUAAUUGCUGUAGGAUAGUACUUGUCAAGUUAUGUAUGAUUCACACUUCAGCUCUUUGCCCCUAACUUGAAAAAAAGGCCACUUCAAGGACUGAAGGACAACUCAGAUUUCUUCUGACUUCUUUCAUUUAAUUCCAGUUUAUUUUGUUUUAGAUGGAUUUUAAUUUGUAGGUACAAUCAGCAGAGGAGUCAUUAAUAGAAUUAGAAGAUUGUAGUAGCAGUAGUAGUAGAAGAUUGUAGUUAGUUAGUAGUAGUAGUAGUAGU